AUCAUCUCAUUUCGUCUUGCGCGCACAUCAGUUCCGGCUCUCCGUUUCAACAACCCGAAUGACAUCGUACACUCUGUCGAAUUAACCGUGGGGGCGUCAACAGUCGUCACCGUUCACGAGAUAAAGUUUGAGAAAGCGGUUAUGGAUAUGACACAGAUCAAAACUGUGAAAAUCAAGGAUAUUAAUACCGUUAAUGGUUUAUGCUAUAUUGAGGGUUACCUUAAAGAUCCUUUUUCAAAAGUAACAGCAUUCGGGGGAAGCUACGGAAAUGGGGUUCUCGUUGACGAUGAACAUAAAAUAUCUUUAAGGUUGACCGAAUUUGAUGAAGCAAAGGUACAAUUUAUCGAAGGAAACCAUCUUAGAAUCUUGGGAAGUCCAUUAUUUCAUCCUAAACUUGUAACCGAAUUUUCUAUUCGUCAUCUGUCUGACAUUAACAAGACAGAAGCUGAAGAUAAAACUGCUGAUGAACUUCGCAGGCGUGGUCUCAAAACGCCAAAGCGUAAACAUGACGGUGAAGGUGAGAUGGGAUCAGCCGCCAAACAGUCGCCGUUUGAUAACUAAAAAAGUUUUUUAGAUUUAAAAUCUACAACGAUUAUGCAGUGAAAUUCAUCAAAAAUUACCAAAAUUAUCUCUUUUGUUAUUUUUAGCAUAUUAUUAUUAUAUGAGAUACUGAGAUAAAAUUACAGUAACUUCUGAUGGAUUUCACUGCAUCCAGAGUCCAUUUAAUAAAUAUUCUUAUAAUUUCUAUGUUUGAUUUGAUCAUUUAUUUUAUUUUUAUUUUUCUUUAUCUUUAUAUUUUUAAUACUAUACAAAAUCUAAUUAAAAAUGUUACAAAGCAUCAAUUAGAUUCUGUAAUCUGAAUAUUAAAAGUCAGAUUCAUAAAAGACUCUCCUUAGUCAUAUUCUAAGAAAUAAGAGUACCGCACUUUAAAUAAAACAAUUUACAAUCAAGCUGCUCUUUAGCUAUAAUAGCAGUUAUAAAAAUAGUGCAUUAAUAGUGAGUUUAAUUAAGCAUGCGGGGAAUAUUCGAGUUUUUAAUAUCGAAAUUAAUGAUAAGAAGCGACUAACAUUUGAUAUAAACACACCAUGACUGAUUAAGUCAUAGGUAUUUAUAGAUUAAAUCAGUACCAGUUAUUAUGUUGAUAUUAUUUCAAAAAUAUUAUCGAUUGUUAGGUGUAAUAAAUCUGGGAAAUCUAUGUCAUAAUAUUAAUUAAUAAUUCUUAUCAUUAAGAUAUUCGAUAUUGUGGCUUAUGAGAAAAGAUAUUAUAGAUAUAAAAGGUACAAUAUUAUCAUAGUUAUGUGAUUUUUGUUUAACUCUAAAGCCACAAUAUUUAACUUAACUUUAAAUGAUGACUGAUUAAACAAUAAAUGUUUAUAAAAAAUUGUGAUAAAGAUUAGAUAUUAGUAAUCUUUAUAAAAGAUUGUGAAAGAAGUCAUAACGCUUAAUGAUUCUUUAUAUAUUGUAAUAGAAUAACUACUGCUGCAUGAGAGAAAGCUAAGUUUUUAUUAUCAAACAUUUUAAAAUUAAUAAUUAUAAUACGUGUUGUUUGUGUGUGAUUUCAAUUGAUAAUUCAUUUAAUAUUUGAA